GAACACAACAGACGAGCAAAGGCAUACAAGUUCUUUGAGGACAUCUUCACGGUGUUCCAUAACGGAAAACCCAAGAUACCACCCUUGAGGAAAUAUCUUUCUGAUGACAGAAUUUACCAUGCCAGAUACGACACCAAGGGCGUGGACAAAACCGUGUUUAGCGAAAAGUACCUUUCCGGCUUCCUCCAGCUCGAUGAAGAAGAGCUAGAGUCGAUGAAAGAGUCUCAUCGGUACAUUUUAGAGAAUCUUCCAGAAAAAGCGCCAAAGGGUGUAUACUCUGGAAAUGGAAUAGUCUACGUCGGAGGCGGAAAUUUCAACUGGUUGACUCUUUUAUCGAUCAAAUCGAUACGAGCAAUCGGUUGCAAGUUACCCAUUGAAGUAGUGAUUCCCACGAUUGACGAGUUCGAAGCAGAUCUCUGUGCCCGUAUCUUCCCAGCCUUAGGUGCCAGAUGUAUAUACAUGCCGUAUGCAUUAAGUGAUCCUGAAAAUACCAAUUCAGUGGUUUCAAAGUUCCAUCUCAAUGGUUAUCAGUAUAAAGCAUUGGCUAUAUUGGUACUGAGUUUUGAGAACAUCUUACUUUUGGAUAGUGACAACAUCCCAGUACAUCCGCCAGAUGAUUUGUUCAACAAGGAACCUUUCAAGAGUAACGGCUUGAUCGUAUGGCCCGAUUUCUGGAAACGUGCCACAUCACCAGAUUACUACAAAAUCGCAGGAUUGUCUCCCAGUGAUUCGAAGUUGAUGCCCAAAUACGACGAGGUGGCUGGAAGAUACAACGAUGCCAAACACGACACGAAAAAUCCCUUGGACUUGGACAAUAUCCCCUUGCAUGAUAGAGCAGGCAGUAUCCCUGACCCAACAUCGGAGUCUGGACAGCUUAUGAUUUCCAAAAAGACACAUACGAAGGCGUUGCUCUUGGCUCUUUACUACAACUUGUAUGGACCCAGUCAUUUCUAUCCAUUAUUUUCCCAAGGAUCUGAUGGUGAAGGUGAUAAAGAGACCUUUUUGGCAGCUACAGUAGCUACUGGAAACAAGUUCUACCAAGUGUCAAAGUUCUUGAAUGCUUUUGGACAUUUUAACAUAAAGCACGAGUUCGAGGGCACAGGAAUGGGGCAGUAUAACCCUGUUGAAGAUUAUGAGUAUAAUUUGUUACGGCAGCGUGCAGACUCUAUGUCUGAAAAGCAAGUGGUGCAGUUCAAAAAGAAAAAUACACUUUUUGAAAGAGGACCGCAAAUUCUCUUUGUUCACGCCAACUUCCCCAAAUUGAACCCUUGGACAUUGAAGAUAGAAAGAAAGUUCUUCAACGAGAAGGGAGAAAGAUUCCGGUUGUAUGGAUCGGGAAUGAAAGUCCGUACGGGCUACGAUUUCGAGACCGUGCAAUGGACGAACAUGAAAUAUCUUCUAUGUGACUUAAAGAUCGACCUUGAGACCUACAGUGAUGUCGACAGGUCUGAGUUGUGUAGUGAGAUCUUUGAACACUUAGCCUUCUUACGGUCCACCAUUCAUACCUUGGAAUGA